CUCAAAACAUUCACGCAAAAUUACGCAAUAUCAUAUAUUUAAAAAAGUACUUAUAUUUAUGAGGAUUCUAAAUGUCAGACUCCGGUGAAGAGUGGCAGGUUAUCCGGCGACGUAAAGGAAGUGCUCGUAAACCGAAAAACCGUCAAGUAUCAGGAGGAACUAUUUGCUGUCAGGAGGAGCUGGAUGUUGUGAAAACUGUCAGAAGAAUUCAAGACACUGUGGCUGAGUUGAGAUGUGAGGACUUCUGGAUAGACUGGAAAGAGAAGCUGCUGGAGGUUGCACAGUCACUCCCAACAUCUGUGAUCACAAAUGAAAAUGCGCAGGGGACAGAAAGCUCUCUUCCAGCACAGCUUCAGUGUGUUUGUUAUGGACUGGGACCCUUUUCAUCCAUUGUGUCAGCGCGUUACCAACUUGCCAUGAUGCUCCUGCUGCUGGAGGCAGCACAGAUCCCCAUGGAAAACUGCUUUGUGUUUGACCCUGUGUUCUCCGCUGGUGAGAAGAGUGUUUUAAAAGAACUGGGUCUCAUGGUUCUUACGGAAAAUGAGGAGGGGAAGCGGCUGGCGACCAAACCCUCCAUCUUUUACUUGAUGCAUUGUGGAAAGGCCCUUUACAACAACCUUCUGUGGAAGAACUGGAGCACUGACCUCUUGCCACGUAUCAUCAUAAUUGGAAACAGCUUCACGGGCAUGAAGGACAGAUCAGUGGAGAGAGAAUUCACCCGUGACUACAGCUUCCUCAGCCAGGCAGCCACCAUGGCUAAGGAGAGAUCAUUGACCUGUCCAUCCCGAAUGAUCGAUGUGUUUGGGGACACAGCGAUCAUGAGCUUUUCCUCCAGAAGCCUUCUGAAACUUCCAGAGUUGACCUGGAAAGAUCUUGCUGAACCACAGUAUGAGAAUUGUGAAGACUUGGAGAUCAUACUGAGGGAAGCGCAGUGCUAAUAUUAACUGUUUAACUUCAUGUGUAUUUUUUAUAAUGGUGUUAAUAAU